CUCCAGGGAAGAGAAAGAGGGAGGGAACAAGGGAGGGAGCAGGAGGCAGAGGUGGGCAGCUCUCUCUUUCUCUCCGUCAGACUUGCCGGCUGCUGGUCUCUUCUUCCUGCUCGGGUUCUCGCUCUGCCGGUGGCAGGCUGGGUGAGUUUGUUUUUUGCUGGAUUUGAACAUGGACUGAAAAGCUACACGCUGUAAGACAUGAGAAGAGUCACUGGAGAUUCACUGAGUGGCAGCAGCUCUGUCUUUCUGAAGACAUUUGUGGCAUGAAACCAGAUCGCAAAUCUCUUUCAUUCAUCACCUCCUCCUCCUUCAUCUCCCUCCACCACUCUCCAGUUAGGAACUCUCACCUCAGCUCCACCGCAUUGAUGAGGUAACGUCAAGCUCUACGCAGCGCAGUACCCACCUGCACAAACACCACCCUCCCCCCUUCCCUUCUUUCAACCUUUCCAUUGCAGCUAUGGGGCAGAAGAUCUCUGGGGGCAUCAAAUCGGUAGAUGGUCGCGGGGAAAGCGGUGGCUCCCCGUCCUACCGGCCUUCGGCGCACCGUCGACAGCACCCAGAACUGAGGGGCCCAGAUUUCUCCAAACCUACCAGGCUGGAUCUCCUACUGGACAUGCCAUGUGCAGGACUGGAGACCCAGUUCCGCCAUGCGUGGAACCCUGACGACCGCUCCCUUAACAUCUUCAUAAAAGACGAUGAUAAACUGACAUUUCACCGCCACCCGGUCGCUCAGAGCACGGACUGCAUCCGGGGGCGGGUCGGAUAUACAAGGGGUCUGCACGUGUGGAAGAUCCACUGGCCCUCCCGGCAGCGCGGCACCCAUGCCGUGGUUGGGGUGGCAACCUCAGAAGCUGCUUUACAUUCUGUUGGCUACACGGCGCUGGUGGGGUCGGACUGUGAGUCGUGGGGCUGGGAUCUGGGACGCAACAGGCUCUACCAUGACAGUAAGAAUAGGGCCCACAGCGUGCUGCCCUCUUACCCUUGUUUCCUGGAGCCAGAGGAGUCGUUCACCCUGCCGGACUGUCUGCUAGUGAUCCUGGACAUGGAUGAAGGGACGCUGAGCUUCAUGGUGGAUGGACAGUAUUUAGGAGUCGCAUUUCGAGGUCUGAAAGGCAAGAAGCUGUAUCCCGUCGUCAGCGCUGUUUGGGGACAUUGUGAAAUAGCCAUGAAGUACAUCAACGGCUUGGAUCCCGAGCCUCUUCCUCUGAUGGACCUGUGUCGGCGUGCAGCCCGCCUGGCGUUGGGUCGGGAGCGGCUUCAGGAGAUCGAGAGCCUGCCUCUGCCCCAGUCCCUGAAAAAUUACCUCCAAUACCAAUGACUGACACCAGCAGAGCCAACUGGGAGUACAAGGACACAAACCAGACCACCGAAGUCCAAAGAUGGAUGGAUAAAAUAAGUUAAUUAAAGGAUGCAAAGAGAGGAUGAUGGAUGAAAGGUUGUCCACACUGAGAGCCAGCGCUCUACAAAAGAUGGAUUUAUUUACGGAUGGAGAGAAAGUUGGUGGAUGAACUAACUGAGGAGGAGGAAGGAGGUCCAGUCUUUCAAACUAAGACAGCACCUGCUUCUUUUGGAUUUCGAGCUGCUUUUUCAUUUGUUUUUGACUUGAAAUAAAUUAUUGAUGAUGGUAUCCCAUCAGCAUCUCACUCAUCCAGAAAGAAAACCCAUCCGGUGAUAAAGAGGUGACAGUGUUCAGAUGACCACCGCCACCUAGUGAUGAGAAUGAAAACUGCGCUGAGAAAGCACACUAAUCCUAUCCUGGAGGCCUUUUUGACAUACAGUCAGUGACCAUAUCAUUGCUGUUGAGUUCCACAGUCUGUAUUCAUGGUCUCCCCUGGCUCAGGGGACAGGCUACAGAGCCCAGAUGUCCAAGAGGAUUUUAGCACUAAUGUAGUUUUUAUCUGAUUGACUCAGGGCCCGACCAAACGCUCACAUCGCAUACAGAGUAAAAACAUGGCUGCAAGGUGGAUGCAAAGUUUAGUCAAAUUAAAUAAGCAUGCCGAACUUAUCUCCUGGCUUUAUGCAGACAUUCGAUGAGAGUUGAGCCCUUUUCAGACAUGGAAUAAGUAACGUUUGUUAGUUAAAGUCAUGGCUUUUUGUCAUUCAGAGGUGGUUACGUAAAAGUGUGUUAAGUUAUGCAUAUGUUCACAAUGCUUAGUAUUUAGCACCUGGUGCGCGAGGAGUGGUGGAGAUGACAAACUAAUUAUUUAAAGGAAGCAAAAGUAUCAGUGAUGGGUUUUUAAAAUGUAUUUUGUUGUUUAAGUGUUAAUUAAUGAAUCAUUGGUCAGCGCUCACCAAUUUCAUCAUUUAUGAGUUUAUUUUAUUCUGCUGCGUAUGUUUUACUAUAAUUGCCUAAUACAGAAUGACUCGAGAUUGGGACUCUCGUUUGCUUUAUGCUGUAUGUAAAGCAUUUCUAUAUACAGGAUAUGUAUCAUUUCAUCCCUGCAGUUACCCUGAAUGUAACUUGAAAAAUGAAAGAGGGGAUCUGAUGGUUAUUGUUAUUGUUAGAUUUGAUUUUUUUCUACCUCUUUCGCCCCACUCUACUUGGGGAAAUAAGAAUCCUUUUUUAAAGUGCAAUCUGACUUGACAACAAUCUCCUCAACAACUUAAGAUCGGCUCAUUUACAGUGUUUCGAUGCGUUUCAAGGUGAUUGCAUCUUUUUGUGCAUAAAGAAUUAUAAUUACGUGGUCAUUAUUUUUUUACAGUGUUCUUAAAGCUCCUGAAACCCAACUCUGAAUUAUUUAUCUGUAACAUUAAAUCCUCAUAACCUAAAAAAUACUAAUACUAAGGACUGUGUGGGUGUAGUUUAAACAUAUUUGAUUGACAAUACUCCAAACAAACCACCAAUUGCCAUCAUAUUUGAAUUCAAAUAUUGCUGAAUCUUGAUUGGUGGAUAGAAAUAGGUACAAUCACAAACCUUUCUUACUUCUAACAGAAGAUUGUGUUCUUGUAGGACCCCCAUCAGUCAUAGUGAGAAGCUGAAUACUUUUUAAGGGAACAAGACGUGCAUUUAAUCCUUUUAUGUGCUUAAUUUGUGUUGCUGUGGCCUUUAUGAUAUUGUGAUGAGAUCCUAUUGAAACCUGUGUGUUGUGGGAAGUGUUCUGGAAAUAUUAUUAGGUCGAAUUUAUUAGGAUUGCUGUCAUGACUUUUACAUAACGAGCUACGUGUCUGAAAGGGGCUUUAACACCAAAAUAAACAGGACAAAACUGCUUGAACUGUUUAGUGGUACUGAGAACCAUUCCUCCUCACAGGACUCAAAAUCAUGUAUUAUGAUGUCAAUCACGACCAAAGUAUUUCAUACUAAGCCAUGGAGUGUGUGAGUGUGUCUGUAGGUCGCGGCCCUUCGCAGUAUAAAUGGUGCUGAUAUGCUGUUGGCAGAAAGAAGCCUCACCAGCUGCUGUAGCUCACUGGUACCAGACAGUAUCUGUCUGCCGUCCGCACAACUGUCUUAAUGACCACAAACAAACACACAAACAGGACCAGAGCAGAUCUAGUCUAACUAUUUGAUGUAGGAACAUUACUGCUACUGCAGCUGCAGGGCAGAUUAUGAGAUGCAGAUGACCAAUGCCGACACACAAACACACACACACACACACACACACACACACACACACACACUGUAGACCAAUCAUGUUUUCUUUCCUUGAGUCACUUUUUUUUUUUAAGUGUCUGAGUUUGUAUCCUACAUUAUUAAUAUUAUUAUUAUUAUUAUUAUUAUUAUUAAUAUUAAUAUUAUUGAGUUUGGAGUCGGAUGGUGGCAAGAUGAUGAUAAUGCAAUGACGAUUAUUUAUCAAAAGCUAGUUCUAUGUUUUAUAAAAGGAUGAUGAUGGUUACAUUCAGGUAAAUUUAAAACAAGGAUGCUGGUGAUGAAGGGAGAGAGAAAUCAAUAGUUGUUUACUCAAUGCUGCUUUUUAUUAUCAUUAUUAUUAUUAUUAUUAUUAUUAUUAUUAUUAUUAUUAUUAUUAUUAUUAUUAUUUGUGAUGGUGAUGGUCUCAGCUUCUGUUUUCAUCAGUUAGGAUGGUGAGAAAGGGACUAUUCAGAAAAGUAGAAGAAUGUAUGGACAGACGGUGCAGUUGAGAUGUCAACAGAUAUGAAAUGUGAAUAAAAGCCAAGUGAAUUUGAAAAA